AUGGCAAUAUGGCCCUUCGGUCGCAAGGGCAAGCGGCCGAGGAGUCAGAUGAAGGCCUCCGAUGCUGCUGACCGCCGACUGUCGCUGGAAGACCCUGUUGACAAGCUUCCGACACUCGUGGCACGAAAGCCGUCUCGCAAGCGAUCGAAACGCGACAAGCACCGAAGUGCCGGCUCCUUGCGUCAACAGUCAUCUCCUCCUCCUGCUCCUCCGCCUCGUGCCGCUGCAGCUGAGCCGGAACGUGCCGCGGCGAGACCUAUCCCUUUUGCCUACAAUCUCGACAAUCAGACGUCCCUUUCAAGUAUUGGCCAGGAUAAUUUUACUGUUGCUCGCCCAACGCCAAUGCUACAAAGGCGCUCCAAUUCUACUGCUACUAAGGGUACUACACUGAAGAAGCGGCUUAGCAAACGCUCAGCUCGAGAUAUACAACGGGAGCAAGAGAUCAAAGCAUUGAGCUCUUCGCCGCCUCCUAACCCUCCCCAUGCCGCCGCAACAUGGGGCUAUCUUGCAUCUGAUAUCCGCCGCGGGCCAAGCGUGCAUAGUCGUAAUGCGGACCAUCAUGCCUCCAACCAAAGUCUUCCCAUGGAUUCUCGGUCAUCCAUGUCGGAGAGUUCUGAUUAUUUAUAUACGUACAAGGUCAAUGCUCUUGCUGUUUUGGCGCCACGGCCAAUCAUCCGAUAUUCCGAACACCACAACAAACUUCCUCCACGAAGCGCGAAUCCCUCGUCCAACUCCAUGCGCCAUCGCGCCGACGAGGAGGACUGGAAUUCACAUAAGAGAGUCGCCGAGCUUGCCGAUGAUUUGGAUGCUACUGCAUUGAGAGAGCUUCUGGAAAGAGAUCGUCGACGGAAGGAAAAGAAGCGUCAACAAGAGCAAGAAAGGAAACAGCGCCGCUUGCAACGAAGACUUGAGCGUGAACACGAGCAGCCCGGAUCUGAGAAUGCCGACGGAUUGGGGAUUAUGAAAAACAACAGCAACAAUGAAGAAGAAACAGAAGCUCAUGAGCUGCGCGGCCGAGACAAAACUCCAUCUCCCGCUACAUCUUCGAAGCAAUUUCAUCCAGAAAAUAACAUCGAGGAAGAGGAUAGUGCCUAUGUGCAGUCGGGAUCAUGGUUACGAGAGUCGUCCAAAGACACGCAAAAUCGCGAGAACCGCUUUUCUGAUAUUUCAGCCCACGUUAUUGGGAAUAUUGAUGACCGGUCUAUUCGAGCUGGAAAAUUGGUUCAUGAUGUCAAUGCACAGUCAGAAGAUGAGGCCUCACGACACCGCUCUCCGUUGUACCAGGCUGUUGCUAGCACGAGUUCCGCUCGUAUGAGCAGUGUAGCUCAGGAGUCAUUUUCGGACCUUUCGCGCACAGAGAUCUCUGAAAAGCGCCUCUCCGACACGAGUAGCAGUAGGCGCAUGGCUUCUUGGAUUUCUUUCUUCCGCCGUCCCAGUCUACGCAAGAGAAGUUCGAGAGAGGUUGACGCGCCGCCUUCUGAGUUUUCCAACACGUCUCGAGAUUCAUUCAUGAGGACACAAUCGCAUACCAAGCCAGCCGUGCCAAUUCCCAUUCCCGAGAGGAGUUUUCGCCGGACGGGCACUGUGUAUCGGUCACAGUCCAAAUUUGUGGAACAUCUGGGGGAUUAUCCUAUCUCACCACCUGAUUCCCGCAUGCAGUCUCCGACUCCCGCCCCUCUCGAAGCGGUUGUGGACAUGCCCGCUGUGGACGAGUUGGAAACUGGUCCAAGUCCACGUCGGUCUUUUACUGAUGUGGAAGAAGAAUACAAAUACGAGAACGAGAAUGAGAACCAAAAUGAUGAUGGGCGAAGUCGUCCGAUGUCAUGGGAUGAUAACAGCGUCAUGCUGUCACAGUCCUUGGCGUCGAUUGACUCGGAGGGCUCAUGGAUGUCCGGGAACUUUCUACGACGGAUUUCACAGCAACAAAACUCAAACAACUAUACAUCGUGGCGCAGCAGUACCGGAAAGAAAAUGCUUAUGAAAUACGACGAGGCUGAAGAAAACGACGAAGAAGGUCUUGCUAGCGACGAAUAUCUGGAUGAAUUAGCUGAGGAAUCCGCAGAGGAAGAGUCUAACUCUAUCCCUGAUGUGCGGAGAGCUAGCAGUUCGGCGAGGGGACCGGCCAACACCGAUGGUUUGAGCGAAGACAGCAGCAGACCAUCUUCAAAGGACAACACAAGCGGUUUGGAAACCUGGCAUGGAGUAGUCCUGGAGAGGAAACCGACGGUGGUACGUCGUGCAUCCGGCCGAGCGCGCAUAGUGUCCAACGAGGUAGUGCUCGGUGAUUACGACAUGCUGGAUACCUCGUCCAUCGUGGACGAAGACAACGCAAGUCCAAUCAGCCAAGAGAGCGAGACUGUUGAGGUCAAGCGUGCAUUGAGUGUGGACCUCGGCCGUGGCCACAAACACGCUCGUCAGAUCAGCGCGGGGAGUGCCAAACUACUAGACAUCCCGCGUCGAGCGUCUGUUGGUUCGUCGAGACAGUAG